AUGGAUAGUCCACCUGCGCCUUCGCUCCCGCAAGCAGCCGCCGGUACUAGUAUAGCCAUUCCUCCCCCUAGUGUCACGUCCUGUACAGUCACAAACCCGCUCGCUGCGGCGAUCCCGGCGCGCAGUGUGACGCAAUCCACGUCUCCGGAGCGCAAGUACCAGCGCGCAUUGGAGAGCGCGUCAUUAGAGAGCGCGCACAAGCGCGCCAGCUCCGUCCGCUUCGCCGACGACGAUGACGUGGAGCCGGGCGGAAGCGGAGAUGCCGGCGGGGGCGGGGAAAGCGGCGGAGGCGGUGGAGGAGGAAGAGGCGGCGGAAGAGACGGCGGAAGAGGCGGCGGGUCGAGGGAGGCUAACGAACAAACGUUGGCGGAUGACGCGGCAUCGUCUGAUGGAAUAUCGCUCGAGUCGAUGAGCCGCGCGGGGAGUCAGCGGGAGCGCGAGGAGUGGCAGCUGGACUACAGCCAGUUCGAGGCGGCGCGGCGCGACCUCGACGACGGCCAUGGCCGGCUGCGAAUGCUCAGACGGCUGGCGGGGCGGAACCCCGUGGACGGAUACUACCGGCAGCAGAACGAGAUGAUUGACGGAUUCAGUGAGAUGGACGCGCUCAGUGAGCAGCUGCUGCCGCCCACUCCCAGUGAGGUGAGGGAGGCUCGGCAACUCCAGCGGCACGAGAUCAUGGCCGUGCAGGUAUCCAACGGCGCCAACGUGUGUCUCUUCAUAGUGAAGAUCAUCGCUUCAAUCGUCAGCGGCAGUCUCGCUAUUCUCGCAUCGACGCUCGACUCGCUGUUGGACCUGCUGUGCGGGUUCAUCCUCUGGUACACGGCGCGCACCAUGCGCCGCACCAACCCCUACAAGUACCCCAUUGGGAAGAGGCGCAUGCAGCCCCUGGGCAUCAUAGUGUUUGCGUGCAUCAUGGCGUCUCUCGGAUUCCAGAUCCUUCUAGAAGCAGUGCGCAAGCUCACAGACUCGAGCCACUCAGCGGGCCUAGGCGAGAAGUGGGGAGUGUAUGUGGGCAUCAUGGGGCUCGUCAUUCUCACCAAGCUCAUUCUCUUCCUCUACUGCCGCCUCUUCUCCGACGAUAUCGUUCAAGCCUACGCCCUUGAUCACAUGAUGGAUGUGGUAACCAACACCGUGGGCCUCACAGCAGCAGUGCUGGCGGGGGAGUACGCCUGGUGGAUCGACCCUGUCGGUGCCAUCUUUCUCGCCCUCUACACCAUGUUCAACUGGGGCAACACCGUGCGCGAGAACGUGCGCUCUUUAACAGGACGAACGGCGCCGCCCGCCUUCCUGCAGAAGCUGACGUACCUGUGCUGGAACCACCACCGGGCGAUCCUGGCCAUUGACACCGUGCGGGCGUACACGUUCGGAGCUUCAUAUUUCACUGAAGUGGAUGUCGUGUUGCCUGAAGACAUGCCGCUUAAGGAGGCACAUGAUAUUGGCGAGGCGCUUCAGAACAAGCUGGAGAGGCUGCCCGAGAUAGAGAGAGCGUUUGUUCACUUGGAUUACGAGGUGUCGCAUCGGCCUGAGCACCACCACCAUCUCUCCACGUUUGAUGUUGGGAAUGGAGUGUCUCCCAGUAGCUUUCCUAAUGACCCAAGGUCUCCAUGA